AUGGGGCGGCCGGCAGAACUACAUCCGACCGAUGUCGCCGGUCCCACGUCGUCGCCGGUGGUUCCUGCUCCGUCAGGAGAUGGCGUUCCGACCCAACCGGUUGUUUUCUCUCCCGUGCAAGACCCGAUCACUGUCCCCCGACCAACAGCUGGCGGACUCCCGAAUCCCACAGAGAGUCCGAUGUGUGCCUGGGCCUCAUCUGCCCCACUUGCCCUUGCCGUGCAGCCGUCACCAGCCCCGGUAGCAAGCACCCCACUCAGCUCUGUAGCCCCCACUGCCACUACCCCCCGCGCUGCUGGUGCAGACCUGGUAACAGGAGCGCCCUCGCCUUUACCAGCGUCAGUGCCGCCUACAGCAGUCUCCCCCGCCUAUAUUGCAGUUCCAGGAGCACCCUCGCCCCCUCCAGCGUCAGCGCCGCCGACAGUCGUUGGCACCUCCCUCAGCUCUGUAGCCCCCAUUGCUACCACCUCCCCCGCUGCUGUUGCAGACCCAAGAGCAGGAGCACCCUCGCCUUUUCCAGCGUCAGUGCCGCCUACAUCAGUCUCCCUCGCCGACAUUGCAGUCCCAGGAGCACCCUCGCCCCCUCCAGCGUCAGCGCCGCCGACAGUCGUUGGCACCCCACUCAGCUCUGUAGCCCCCGUUGCUACCACCUCCCCCGCUGCAGUUGCAGACCCAAGAGCAGGAGCACCCUCGCCUUUUCCAGCGUCAGUGCCGCCUACAGCAGUCUCCCCCGCCUACAUUGCAGUCCCAGGAGCACCCUCGCCCCCUCCAGCGUCAACGCCGCCGACAGUCGUUGGCACCUCCCUCAGCUCUGUAGCCCCCAUUGCUACCACCUCCCCCGCUGCUGUUGCAGACCCAAGAGCAGGAGCACCCUCGCCUUUUCCAGCGUCAGUGCCGCCUACAGCAGUUUCCCUCGCCGACAUUGCAGUCCCAGGAGCACCCUCGCCCCCUCCAGCGUCAGCGCCGCCGACAGUCGUUGGCACCUCCCUCAGCUCUGUAGCCCCCAUUGCUACCACCUCCCCCGCUGCUGUUGCAGACCCAAGAGCAGGAGCACCCUCGCCUUUUCCAGCGUCAGUGCCGCCUACAGCCCCCCCCGCUGCUACUGCAGUCCCACGAGCACCCUCGCCCCUACCAGCGUCAGCGCCGCCUACAGUCGAUGGCGGUCCGUCCACGACACCGCUGGACCACCCAACCCUCCAACCGGUCACUCACGACCAAUCUCCCACCGUACCCACCGCCCCGCCCCUGUGCUCGGGACAGCCUUCGGAACCUUCGAUCGGUGUCGUCGCCCGUACUUCUUUGCCGACCGAGGCUCCUGCUCCGCCAGGACAGGCCUCGCCGGCCCAACCGGUUGUGUCCCCUCCCACACGGGGUCAUGUCGCUGGGACGAAACCCCCGAAACCGCCUGACGGUGCAUCAACUCCUCCAUCAACGGUCUCUCCGACAGGGCCAGCUGUUUCACCAACGGAGGCAGCGCCAGUAAGAGAGACCCCUACUCUUGAGCCGGUCGCGGGACCUGUCGAGGGGGAGAAACCAAGCGCUACACCAUCGCCAACAUUGGCACCACCCGUAGCUUUGGCGCCACUGGCGACUCCGACAGCCUAUGCCACUGCGGCCCCGCCGGGAGGUGCACCGGUGGCCGAAGCGCCUGUGGCGGCGCCCUUCGAUCCACCUCAACCUGUGGCAUCGCCCGUCGUCAUGCCCGUCGAGCAACCCGAAGCAGAAGUGGCACCAGCACCGGUCGCCGCGCGCGUUGAGCAGCCGGUGGAGGUGGUCCCACCUGUGGCAUCCGCCACCGACAUGCCCGUGGAGCAGCCCGCAGCAGAACUCGAAGUGGCACCAGCACCGGUCGCGGCGCCCGUUGAGCAGCCGGUGGAGGUGACCCCACCUGUGGCAUCGCCCGUCGCGAAGCCCGUGGAGCAACCCGUAGCAGCUCGGUCGGUACCGGAGCCGCCGACUCCAGACGUUCCAGCACCUACGGUCGAAGAACCGGCAGCCGAGGAGGACAAGGCUCCGCCCGUGUCAGCUCCGGCUGCCGGUCCGGCGCCCGUGUCGCCAACGGUUCCUGCCGCCUCCCCGGAAGAGCCCGAGGUCGCCAUGCCUGGGACCGCCGCUGCCGGAGCCGUUUCGGCCCUGGCUAUCGGGGCUGCUGUGAUCGCGGCCGCGGCUACCGCUGCGAACAGUAGCGGGGGCGGAGGCGGAGGAGCAGAUCCCGGUGCUGGCAACGCGGCGACCUCGAACGCCAACCAGCCGAGUGCUCGAGCACCGUCGGCGAUCUUGGGCGCUGUUGCUGUGACCCAGCUGCAGUUUCUGGCCACGCUGUCACUCGUGGACGACACGGGGGGAGAGGAUUCUUCGCUGCCGGGGUUCGCAGACAGUUUCAGGUGGGCCAACUUGUGGCCGCCGGCAUCCUUCGCCGAGGAGUUCAUCGACACGUCCGACGAGGGCCAACAACGCCGUCUCCAGGAGGAAGCCGACGGCGGCGGCGGCGGCGGCUGCUCGUGGGACGGGAGCCUGGGCGGACUCGGCUCCCUAGUCUUCAUCGGGAACCAAGGGUUGGUCUUCGGCGCGCUCGUGCUGAUCUUCCUCCUGCACGUGUCGCUUGUAUCUGGGGUGGAGGCGUACUGGCUGGCGAAGAAACGCGCCAAAGAGGAGGCCGCCAGGGCUCGACGCCUCGGGGUUUCGAUAGGCGAGUACUUCAGCGACACCCACGUGGAUGGACGAGAGCACGAGCAGGCGCCCGUUCCCGAACCAGAUGCGCGUCCCUCGGGUGGAACCACUGACAUCAGCGUGGCCUCCUCCUUCCGACGACGACGACUUCGGAGAGACCCUUCCCUCCUGAACGCAGCUGCAACAGGCAGCCAGCGACGGCUGGAGAAACUUCCCGCCCUGGAUGCUCCUCAUCGAAGUCGGAAGGUACGCGACGGCAGCUGGGUAGCGGAAGACGGAGAGAAGAAGGAAGCCAGGAGCGACGACAACUUGAGCGGUACCGACUGCAGCGACUACGACGAGGAGGGCGGUGGCGGCCUCGGCACGCUUACCCGCGCCGAGAGCCGGCUGAGCCCCGUGGCAGAGUGCCGGGAGCACUCGCGGUCGGCCUGGCUCCACUUCCCGCACGUCGAGCUCGUGUUCCUCUUCUUCGCGUACGAGGGAGCCGUGGCGUCGCAGGUGUCAGCCCUCCGGGAGGCCGGCUGUCCCCCGGUGAUGAUCGCAGCGGGACUGGCCUUGGUCUUCUACCCAAUCCUGAUGUUCGUCGCCGUGUUGCGCACUUUCUUCGUGCGGGUGCGGCCCAACACGCUAAUCGUCUUCACCCCGAAGGAGGCCGACGAUGACACCGGUGAUGCCGGGGACGCCGAGGAAGGCCAGCGCGCCCGGUCGGCCAGCUUCCUCUCCAAGGUUAGAGCUGGCUGGGAGGAGGACCACAGCCUGUUCGCGUGGGCCAACAAGGGGACGUGGGAGACGGCGGAGACGGACAACGAGGGGACCCGGCGCGAAGGGCAGUGGUUCCGCAUCGGUUUCGAGCCGUUGUUCGUGGACUUCACCAAGUCCGGCGCGUGGUUUGUGGCCUUCACGCUCGUGGAGUGGGCUGCCUUGGGUUGCAUCGGGGCACUCAUCGACGAGAGCGUGCUGCAGCUCUCGCUCUUCUGCGCUCUCCACACGCUGUCCUUCCUUCUGCUCGUCGUCUUCAGGCCCUUCGCGAAUAGCGUCAUCAACGCCAUGGGUGCGGGCCUAGUGGGCAUCGAUGCUGUGUGCAUGGCCCUGCUGGCCGUCUCCGCCAGCCGCUGGGAGGGAACCGCGGCAGCAGGGAAGGUCGACUCGGUGGUGAUGCUGCUGCAGCUGUUCGCUCUCUGCGCGCUGAUCAUUCCGAUCUAUAUUGACACCUCAUUGAUCUUGAUCGGAGCGAUACGCAGCCGAUUGCAGAAGAGCACCACAACUACCCCGCAGCAUGUCCGGACAGAGGCCGAAAAGGAAGAAGAUCUCUUCGUUCGGCACUUCAUCCGGCGCUCGUGGCCGCGCACGUGGUGCACCAUGCUCGGCAAGAACAUUUUCGCGUGCGCGAGCGACACGAGAGAGGGCAUCCGCCCGCCCGGCACGUCCAUGGCCGAAGACCGCCUCGCCACAUCCACCGCGCGCGCCGCGCGCACGGGUCCGUUCCCUAUGCCGAGCGCGCUUCGACUGAGAAGAAGGAGCAAGUCAUCGCCGGUCGGCUAG